AUGAAAGUAAACACUCAUAAAAAUGAAAUCGCCACCAAUGAUAAAGUAUUAAAAGACAUAGAACUAUAUCAAAAAAUAUUUUUAUCAACAAAGUAUGAAAAUAAAAAACAAUAAUCCUUGUCAAUCAGAAGAUUAUUGCCAAACAUUUAAUAUUCCCAGCAUCAGUAAUCAACUCUUACUAGUCAGUAAAAAAUUACCACUCAAUUCGAUUAAGAUACCAGUUAUACAAAUCGCAAUUAAUAAUAGGUAAUAAAUUGCAAAUACCUUCUCUAGGAUGUCAGAAAAAAACAAAUACACUUCUCCUUAAUCGAUUGUUCUAAGUUUUUAAAGACCUCCAAUUCCACUCACUAUGUUCAAUCAAAAAAGUAAACUUCUCCACUCAAGCAGAAAAUUGUUAUAGUGAAUCAUCAAGGCAGACCUCUAACCUAUUUCAUUUGA